AUGUCGCGGAUCGAAGAGCUCCCCGAUGACUUCGAUGAGUCCAUCGACAUCAACAAGCAGCCCCCCGAGACCGAAACCGCCGCGGCCGAUGCUCCCCUCCCCGUCACCGACGAUGAGCCCAGUUUUCCAAUCAACGAGGAGCGCUUGAAGGAGAUGGAGCAGAAGGAUCCGCUGGCUCCGAAGAUGUCGCAGAACAUGGCUUCCGUGCGGACGCAUACGACAGACGAGUUGGCUGACAUGUUGAACAAGACCCCGCUGUUCAUGACGGAUAUUAGUAAAGCGGGCGAUGAGAAUGGAGAGAAUAUCAUGCUGGAUGCCAUCCAGGCUAUGCAGAACGAGGGUACGCGCGGCGAAGUGGCGCAGAAUUAUCGGGAGCAAGGAAACGAGGCGGCCAAGGAGAAGAGAUGGAUUGAUGCAAAGGAAUUCUACACCAAGGCUAUCGCCGUCUUGCUGGCCAAGGAAGACAAGUGGGAUAAACCGGAGGAUCCGAAGGAGGAGGAGAAGGUGAAGCGUCAGGUCGAAGAGGCUUCGUACAUCAACCGCGCUUUGUGUAAUUUGGAGCUUGGUAACUAUCGGUCUACAACGCUCGAUUGCGCCUCCACCCUCAAGCUCAACCCCAAGAACGUCAAGGCCUUCUAUCGUUCCUCGAUGGCCCUGUUCAUGCUCGACAAGAUCCCCGAGGCCGAAGAUGUUGUGAACCGUGGACUCGCUCUCGAUCCGGAAAACAAAUCGAUUCAGACGAUAGGCAAGAAGGUUGCCGAGCGCAAGGCGGCUUUGGAGCGCAUCGCGGCCAGAAAGAAGGCCGAGGCCGAAAAACUGCGCAAGGAAAACCAGAUGCUAAGCACCGCCUUGCGAGCGAGACAGAUCAGAACCCGCAAGACCGAGCAGCCGCCGGAGAUGGAGGAUGUCGGCAUCCGUCUCACGCCCGACCCUCUCUCGCCGGAGAGCACUCUCGAAUUUCCCGCGGUGUUCCUGUACCACAUGGAUGCGCAGUCCGAUUUCAUCAAGUCUUUCUCCGAAUUCAACUCCAUUGAGGACCAUUUGGAUUACAUUUUCCCCUUGCCGUGGGAUACCAAAAAGGAGUAUACCAUUGGCGGAGUGGAAUGUUUCAUGGAAACCGUCACGGGCGGGCUGAUCAAGGCCGGGAAAAAGCUUCCGCUUUUGCAGAUCCUCAGCGGAGGUAAGGUGGAAGUCGUGGACGAACUGGUUCGAAUCUACGUCGUUCCCACUUCCAAGACUGGCAAAUUCAUCGCGGAAAUGAAGGCACGCAAGGAUAGCUGA